UUGCGUCGCAAUCGGCUCGUUCGGCUUUUGGUGGGAAAUUGAGUGAGCCUCCACGCACAUUUUACUUAAUAUUAAAAGAAUUGUAAUUUAUUAUCUGACCUUUGCCUUGAAGACAAAGUACCGCGUAUUCGUCAAAUACAUAACAGUCUGAAAAAAUACACGGAACAGCACCGAAGGUGUGCUAAAAUCACCAGUUACUCAGGAAAAGUUCUCUCUGCCUAUUGUUUGCUAGCAUGCUAUCACGUUAGUCCACGUCUUGUUCAUUAGCAACUAAGUACAUUUACUCGAUUUUUUUAGGCUAACGUUGCUGCCAGUGAAUGGAAACUUAAUGUGCUUUAUGUUUUAUUAGCCGGUUACAGUAGUGGUUCGUGGCCGGUAGGUUUUAUUUGAGUUAACAAGGACCAGUUGAUCCGCAUUAACACCAAACAUGCCAGAAAUCAAGCUGAAACACGUCGUGUCCUGCAGCACCGAGGACACUACUCACAAGGCGGACAACCUGCUCAGUUCUGACACCUACAGAAAGUGGAAAGCAGCAAGACCCGGGGAGAAACAGACAUCAGUCAUUCUUCAGUUUGAGAAAGAAGAGCAGGUGCACAGUAUUGAUAUUGGAAAUGAAGGGUCAGCUUUCAUCGAAGUGUUGGUGGGGAACUCUUCAGCUGUCAGAGACCAGGACUAUGAGGUUCUUCUGGUUACAUCCUCCUUCAUGUCCCCCACGGAGAGCCGUAAUGGCACCAACAUGAACCGGGUGCGUUUCUUUGGCCCCAACCAGCUGCAGAAGAGCACAGUUCAGGAGAAGUGGGACAGAGUGAAAAUUGUGUGUAGCCAGCCGUACAGUAAGAAUAUUGCAUAUGGACUUUCCUUUGUUAAGUUCCAUUCACCACCUGACAAAAACGAUCCUCCACCAACCUCCUCUCCAAAACUGACAAAGCUGGGACAGUUCAGGGUGAAGGAUGAGUCUCCUUCAUCUGGGCCCAGCCUUCAACCAGGAAGCCUGUUCUUCAAUCGUGACAGCUCAACAAAGCUUAGUAGUUCACUCAAAGUGUCUCCUCAGAGUGACAAGUUGAGCUACGCUGCAGCUACCCUACAAGCGGGAAGCAGCUCCCACGCAUCAGGUCAAGCUUCCUCUUCCAAUUCUGCUUCACCACAGCCACCAGCAAAAAGAAAAUUUGAGUUCAGCAAAGAGCGGCAGUCUGCGCCCGGCGCUCCGCCCUCAAAGAAAACAAGCCCAGCCGGAUCACCAGAGGGCAAAGCUGUGACCCCCAAACACAAGCCGACCCCAGUGAGCACACCCAGCCCCAGCUCCGCCAAAGCACCAUCAGCACAAAAAUCUACAGAGAGGAAGGGUCAGCCUAAACCUGAACCUAAAACCAAACCGAAGGCAAAGUCCCAGAGAGAGCAGCAGGUCCCAUUUAACCGGAUCAUGGAGGGGGUGGUGUUUGUACUCAGCGGCUUCCAAAACCCCUUUAGAGGGGAGCUGAGAGAAAAGGCUCUGGACAUGGGGGCCAAGUAUCGGCCCGACUGGACGCCCGACUCCACACAUCUCAUCUGUGCCUUCGCUAACACCCCAAAGUACAGCCAGGUGAAAUCCGCAGGUGGCAUGAUCGUACGAAAGGAAUGGGUGAUGGACUGCCACAAGAGAAAACAGAAGAUUUCCUAUAAACGGUAUUUGAUGGAUGGAGCAGAGUCGAGCUCAGAGAGCGAAAUGGAAGUGGACGACCAGAGUGAAGAGGAAAUGGACACAAAGAUUCCACAGAAGCAGGAGAGACAGGUCACUCCUAAAAAGGCACAAAUAAAGAAAGAGGACGAUGAUGAGUAUGGUGGCUCCACUGAUAUGGAUGAACCAGGUGGUGGUGAUGAUGAUGAAGAAUCUGCAGUGGACACUGAGGAUGAGCUGCAGAGGGUGGAAAAGGAGACCAGGCAAAAGAAAACGGCGACGUCGGUGAAAGAGGAGGAUCCGUACGGGGGGUCGACAGACGAAAACACAGACGCUGAAGCUGAAGAGGAUCAUCCCAUCCCCGAGCUACCUGACUUUUUCAGCGGAAAACGCUUUUUCCUUUACGGUAAAUUCCCCAACAACGAGAGGCGACUGCUGUUGCGGUACAUCGUUGCUUUCAAUGGAGUAAUUGAGGAGUACAUGACGGACAAGGUGCAGUUCGUGGUGACCAGUGAGGGAUGGCAUGACUCGUUUGAAGACGCGCUGAUGGAGAACGGAAAUCUGAACUUUGUCAAACCUGCAUGGAUUUACGCAAUCAAUGAACGUCAGAAGAUGCUGCCCUAUCAGCCCUACACUGUUGUCCCCUGAACGUUACAUCGUGGCAUACACACAACAGCCUGUGCAGAUACUUCCUAUCUAGACGAGGACGCAGAGGGGAAAGCCAUACACACUUCUUUUUCCUAGAUUUACUACCCUCGCUCAAAAGAAGCAAUAAAUCAAUGAGUGUCCAAUUAA